UGUCUUGAGGGGGUUGAGUUUACAAGCGGACAAGUGAAGUGACUACCGCUGCUGCGGGUUUUCACGACGGACCCGGGUCCCACAGAGUCUUACGAAGUCACACAGAGUACGUGUCUUUGGUCACAGACUAACUAGAGUCCCACAGAACCGCUCCUCUUUACCGCCGUCAACCCGGACCAUCAGCGGGGACAGACAGCCAUGGCUCGGCCGAGGAAGAAAGUCACCGCUGAGUGUUUAGCAUGAGCCUCUGCGGGCGUGGACGCCUGGAGGACAACGACAACUACAAGUACAACUACAAGGACUACUUCCACAAGUACAACAUUUACUACAACUUCUACAGCAGAACUACCGGGAACAUUACGAGUAGGACGGUCCCCGGCAGAGGAUGCAGCAGAACGGGAAGAAGAUGGGAGGGAGAGUGGAGGUCUGCGGUCUGCUGCUACUACUGCUGCUCAGCGGAGAGAGUCUCUGCGGGGACUCUCAGCAGACAGAACACCUCACUGCCUAUCAGCUGACCAUCCCUCGGCCAAUAGGAGGCAGGCUGAGGCGGGACGUGGAUGGCAGACUACCCAGUCAGGUGUCUUACAUCAUCACUGUGGAUGGAAAUGAUCAUGUUGUUCAUCUGGAGAGAAACGAACUGCUGCUCCCUUCAGACUUCACUGUGUUCACCUACAACCAGAGCGGAGCAGUGAUCACAACCACACCCCCUGUACAGAAUCACUGUCACUACAGGGGCUUCGUUCAGGACAUGGACGGUUCAUCUGUCGCUAUGAGUGUCUGCAACGGCCUCAGAGGAGUGCUACAUCUCACCGAUGACAGUUUUGGUAUUGAGCCAUUAGACUCCGCCCCUGAACAACACCUGGUGUACCGUCUGCAGGAUGUGACAUCACAGCCCCGGGGUUGUGGAACACCACACGACGGACACAUCCACAGCAACACCACUGAGCAUGAACCUGAGAGUAUCCACCACAGGCAGCACAGCAGAGUGAAGCGAGCUGUUCUUCAUCAGACUCACUACGUGGAGUUACUACUGGUGGUCGACUAUGACAGGUUUAAUUUCAUGAACAAAAAUGAAACGGCAGUGAGAGAGGAGAUGGUUCAUCUGGCCAACUUCCUCGACAGUAUCUACAUACAGCUGAACAUUCGCGUGGUCCUGGUCGGUCUGGAGAUCUGGACUCAGCAGAACAAGAUCAACACCGAAGGGGGAGCAGGAGAAGUGCUGAGUCGAUUCAUCCAGUGGAGAGAGAAGGAGCUGGUUCCUCGCCGCCGCCAUGACUCGGCACAACUCAUCCUGAGGAGGGGCUUUGGAGAAACGGCUGGGAUGGCUUUUAUCUCCACCGUCUGCUCCAGAAGUCACGGGGGAGGGAUCAACGCGUUCACUAAUAAUAGGCUUCCCUCGUUCGCGUCCAUCGUGGCUCAUGAGCUCGGUCACAACCUCGGGAUGAACCAUGACGACGGACGCUCCUGCAGCUGCCCUGUUAAGGCCUGCAUCAUGAGCUCUGUAGCCGCAGGCUCCACAAACUUCAGCAGCUGUAGCGCUGAUGAUUUUGAGAAGAUGAUCUUGUUGUCGGGGGGAACGUGCCUCUUGAAUGUGCCCCAGUCUGAUGAUGCCUAUAGCGCCCCCUACUGUGGGAACAGACUGGUGGACAUGGGAGAGGAGUGUGACUGUGGAUCCCAGCAGGAGUGUGAGAAAGACCCCUGCUGUGAGUAUCAGACGUGCAGACUGAAGUCUGGAGCUCAGUGUGCUUAUGGAGAAUGUUGCUACAAGUGUCAGUACCUCCCUGGUGGAACAGUGUGUCGUUCCAGCACAAAUGAGUGUGAUCUUCCUGAGUACUGUAACGGCUCCUCGUCCUUGUGUCAGAGCGACACCUUCGCCCAGAACGGGCAGCCCUGCAGGGACCAGCAGGCCUAUUGUUACAAUGGGAAGUGUCAGCACCAUGACGAGCAGUGUCAGGCCAUAUUUGGACCUAAGGCAAAGGCUGCUCCAGAAAUCUGUUUCAAAGACGUCAACAGUAAAGGUGAUCGUUUUGGAAACUGCGGGUACCAAAACUAUGGUUACAAGAAGUGUGAGAGCAGAAACGCCCUGUGUGGGAAGCUACAGUGUUCCAACGUCCAGGCGCAGACAGUUUUCGGCAUAGAACCGUCAAUCAUCAGCACGCCGAUCGCUGGCACCAAAUGUUACGGAGUGGACUUCAUGCUGGGAUCAGACGUCCCCGACCCAGGCAUGGUGAACGAAGGAACCAAGUGUGGAGACAACAAGGUGUGUGUGAACUUCGAGUGUCGCAGCGCUGACGUCCUGAACUACGACUGCGACGUGGACACAAAGUGUCACGGACACGGGGUGUGUAACAGUAACCGGAACUGUCACUGCGACGACAGCUGGGCUCCGCCCUUCUGUGAGGUCAAAGGAUACGGAGGCAGCGUGGACAGUGGACCCACAUGGAAUGAUAAAGACACUUCUCUCAGAGACGGUCUGCUCGUCUUCUUCUUCUUCAUCCUUCCUCUGCUCGCUCUGGGAGUCUUUGUGUUUCUGAGACGGAACGAGCUGAUGCGACGACUUGGGCUGAGCCGUCGCAAGAGACCACAAGGAUACCAAGGUGAUGGUGCAGCUUCAGCCAAUCCCAGCAGGGGGCCCCCUCCCAGAGCACAACCCCCACCUGUCACUCGCAGUAACGCAGGCAACAUUGUCAAAGACGGGCAUCACGCUCAGCUACUGCCACCGCAGGAGGUGGUGACGAGCAGCAGGUUCACGCCCUCCCACGCUCUGAGGCCGCCUCCUCCUCCUCUAAAACCAAAACCGUCUGCUGCAGGACAACCUCUGAUGCCUCAAAGAGCGGCCCCCGCCCCGCCCGUUUAACCACCUGGAUGCAUCGUCUCUUUUAUUUCCACGCUCACAACUGGUCACAGCCAAUCAAUGUUUCUGCAGCCUGCUAGCUCUGAAGUCUGCCACGGACCGGACUAUAAACUGAACCAUCAGGAAACAGACCAGACCAGACCAGACCAGGCCAACCAAUCACAGUUGUCUUGGUUUGAAAUAUAAUUCAGCUAAACACAUGAUAUCAUGCUAACCCAUGCUAAGUAAAAACACAGAGGGCUAAGUGCUUCACUCUGAUUGGUCAGUUUGAAGACAGAUUCUUGUCACUGGAGUUUUUGUCGUUGUUUUCCUUCUUCCUGCUCUGCACUGUCAUAGGAAUGUAACGCACCCCCGGUGCUGCUGCGCAGGAGCGCUUGGUCGACACCACCUGCUGCUCCCUCUCUCCACAAUGGUACAAAUACAAUAUGCAUCAGAAUCCAGAGCCCGGUCUCCUGUGGACCUGGAUCUGUGUGGUUACACUCUCAGACACUUGGACACUGUUGACUCAGAUCUCUGGGAUGUUUCUCUGUGUGUGUCUCUCACUGGUUACAUCUGAUAUGAUGUUGUUUCCUGUAUGAUGUACAAUGAGGUACAAUGAGGUACAGACACGCAGUAAAGACUUGACAGAGAACCUGUCUCACUCACACAAGGAAAACCAGUGAAGACAGCCUAACUCACACCACGUGCCAAAGUCCUGAGGGAAAACAACCUACAACAGGACAUUAAAUAACAUGAGCGUGUCUCUCCGUGUCCUGUCAACGUCCAGCAAGUGUAAGGAGAUUACAACAGAAAGUUUCAUCCAUAAACUCGCUGAGAUGAGACCGUAGCUUUAAUCUCCAGAACGUCCCAGACUGACGGCAUCAGACAGUGUUGAAGUGUCUCCAAGGUGGAAUUGAUCUCUGUCCAGACUUCCUGUCCCUGUAUCAGCUGAAGGACAGGUCCUCGGAGAAGAACCGGCCUUCAAAGAAGGACAUGUCCUCGGAUAAGAACCGGUCCUCACAGAAGGCCAGGUCGUCGGAGCCUGAGCUCUGGAGUCAUUCUUGAAAAGGUCCUGGUGUCCUGCACUGACCGCUUUCACUCUAACAGGGAUCUUCACAGCACCAAUAAUCUGACUGAUGCACCAAUAAUCUGACUGAUGCUCAGUUACUCUGUGCUUUAAUCUGCUGUUUUAUCUGCUUUAGUGUGUUUUUAAGUUGCCGUGAUUUUGCACAGACCAGGAUUAAAACAAUCAUAGAACUCAGUUUGUGAAGUGGAAACAAUCACAUGUGCAGAUUCAAAUCAAGUUGUUUUAAUCUUAAUUUUACCCCCUGUGCUUCUAAGGGUUUUAAUACUGGGGUUGAAAUAUUUUUUAUAUAUAAUUUAAUCUCUUUUACACAUAUAUUAGUUCACCUCCUCAAUUUUUACAGCACUUCAUUUAUCUGAUGUGACAUUAAAAGCGUUCACACUUAAAGUAUUCAACCCAAUCUGUGUUGUUGUCAUUUUGUUAGCGGUUUGAAAUUUGCCAGAAAAUCUGGGAUUAACUGAGUCACUUUUUUUCUUUUUUUUUUAAUUUCCUCUCACAUGAAUCAUGUGACCACAUUGUUUCUGCACAUGUUGGAUUUGUAAAAAAGAAAUAAAAAAAGAAAAGUAACAUUCAGUCAUUUACUGCAAUGAUGUAUUUAGGUACAGUUUUGAGGAACUUUACCCUUUUUCAGAUAUUUCGGUGGAAACGAUUCUACUUUAAUCUCUUUACAUUUAUCUGACAGCAUAUUAAUAUAAAGGAUGAAACAAUCUCUACCCAUAAUUCAUUUGUUGUUAUAAUCUAUAAUCUAGUCAGACUAUAUGGUCAAUCAUAAAUGCAAAGUGAGUAUUUUUACUUCUGGUACUUUGAGUUUAUUUUGAACCGAGUAAUUAUACACUUUUACAUAAGACUGAAUAUUUCUACACUGUGGUUAAUUAUUAUUAUUAUUAUUAUUAUUGUUAAUGAUUCUACCUGAGAGGAUGUUCAGGUGUGUGUGUGUGUGUGUGUGUGUGUAUGAGUUGAAGGAAAUGCAGUUGUAUUUAUGGUGAAACUGUGUAUUAAAGUACUAACCUUGUGAGGACCGUUUUCAUGUCACCGCAACAAACAAAACGCUGUCACUGCUUUGAUAAUAAAUGAUUUUCUUUGUAA